UAAAUAAUUAUAAUAAAAUAAACAAUAAAAUAAAAAAACAAAUAAAUAAAUAAAUAAAAAGACAUGAAUUUCUAAAAUCUAUUGAAAAAAUAGAACUAGUAGCUUGGAGAAAUUUAAAUAGGCUUUGAUACUGAGGUGUAAAAUUCUAACUAGGCUAAUGAUGUUUCAAAUGCUCUGGAAGCAAAAAUUUCUAAUAUGUAAAUAAAUAAAGAACUGCUUGGUUCAAAAGAAUCUUUUAGUAUAUAAUCAGAAAGCAGUAUAAAAUCUCAAUUGGAUACUACGGAUCAAUAAAAAUAAGAAAAUAUUUUAGAUAAUUAAUAUAAUAAUUUGGCCUUAAUUUAACAAGACUCUGAUAACAAAUAAAUUAUAGUCAAUCAAAAUUAAGAGGAUGAAGAAAACUAAGAAUAAGUUAGUUUAGAUAAAUAAAAAUAAGAGCGCUCCUUGUCUAUAUAGAUAAACCAUUCAAUUAGUGAAAUGAAAAACUAUUCUUCAUAGUUCAUAAAAGAAUACAAAUACAUAAGUUAAAUUUAAUAAUAUUAACCAAAUAUUAUUGAGGAAAACAAAAAAGAUUAAUACACAAUAUCUGUAACUAAUUUCAAUAAAUUACUUCAUCAAUUCUAAUGCUGGCCACAUUUAAUAAGAGGUUUACAACAUUCAUUUGAAAUAUUGUCAAAAAAAUUUGUAAGACUAUAAGUCUAAAUUGCUUAAAGAAUUGAAGAUCAUUUCAAAAUCACCUAUACACUUAAAGAUGAAGAUCUUGGUUGUCUUUUAAAAAAUAAUAAAAAUUUAUGUGAUGAGUUAGAACAGCUAAAAUAAUAGUUUUUAAAUGAAAAAUCAAUUUAGGAGAGUAGUAUUAAUGAGUGCAUUUCAAAUCUAACACAGUAAUUUAAUGAUAUAUAUGGCACAGCAUUAACUGAGAAUUAAAGAGAAGAUAUUUUAAAAGCUAAAAGUGAAUUAAAUAACUUGUAUUUAGAAAGAGAUUAAAAAUUGAUGGAACUUACAUAAAAUUUUCAAUAAACUGUGUGUAAUUUUAACCUUUUAUCAAAUGAAGAAUAAUUUAAAAACCUUGAAAUCUAAGAAAUAAUAAAAGAAAUUUCUAAACUUAAUCGAUAAGAAUAAAAAAUUUUAACAGACGCUUAAUGUUCAUAUGAAGAAUUUAAAUAGCGCCGAGAUGAAAAAAUCAAAGAUAUUUCUCUAUAAAUUUAAGGUUAUUAAAAGUAAAUUUAGGAUUUACAGACCGAAAAGGAAAAGAAAGAAGAAAACAAUCUAAAAAAAUUAGAAAAAGAUUUAAAUUAAAUUAAAGUCUGCCAUUCAACCAUUUAAAAAAUAUUUAUGUAAUCUAAUAAAGAUUGUUUUCAUUACAUAAUUUUACUUGAUUAAAGUAGCAGCUUCUAAAAUGCCUAUUAAUCUGCAAAGAAUGGAAUCUUAUAAUUUACUAAAAAUUUACAAUAAAAUGACGUUUUAACUAUAGUAAGCUUUGCAAGCAGUUCUAGAAUAAUAGUUUAAAAGUAGAAAGUAUCUUAAAUUAAUUUAAAUUCAUUAGAAGCAAACUUAAGAAAUAUGCUCUGUGGUGGAACAUGCUUCAUCUCAGCUUUUGAAUCUUUAAAGUAGAUCAUCUAAAAUCAAUUAAAUACAAAUGAAUAUCCUAUAAUUUUAUUUGUUACUGAUGGCUAAGAUAGUUCAAAUCUUUCUAAUACAAUUUUAGAUGUUAGAAAUUAGGUAGAAGAUUUAAUAUUUUUUACUGUAGGGUAUGGUUAUCAAAUCAACCAAAAGUAGCUUCAUUUAAUUACAAAUUUAUUUAAUAGAACGGAUAACCUUACUAAAAAUAUUAAUAAUAAUAAAACAAUUAAACUAUAUUACGAAAAUUAAACUCCCGAUAAGCUUUAAUAAGAUAUCAUAAAAAUAUCUUAAAAUAAACUUAGUAUUGAAGAGAUAUAAGAGGCUGCAGAUUUCUUAGAGAAAAGUUUUAAUAAGUAAAAUUAAUUAUCUGAAGAUUACUACACAUCGAAAAUUUAAGGAUUAGAAAAAAGAAUCCAAGAAUGUGUUAAUUAAGAAAAAUAAUUAAUGGAUAAUCAAAAAAAUAUAUAACACUUUAGAGAUUAAAGUAAACAAUAAUUAGAAUAAAUAUAAUAACAAAUUUAAUCAUUGAAAAAUUAGAAAUUCGCACAUGAAAAUAGAAUUUAAAAAAUAAAAUCAGAGAAACUAGCUCUUGAUAAAAAUUUCUAAAAUAAAAUCAUCAGUAAUUAGACCAAUCUUUAAUCUAAUAUGAAAUAAGAAAAUUAUGAAGCACUGUAUGAAUAUUAAAUAAAACAAAUUAAUUAAGAGGCUGAUUCUUUAAUUAAAAAAACAGAGGAUAAAAUGUAAGCUAUAAGAAAAGAAGAAGAUAUGUCUGUGGAGAAAAAUAGAAAACGAAUUAUAGAGCUAGGUUUUUAAAAUAUUUAAUAAUUUUAUAAAUUUAGAGAACUCUAUGAAAAUAUAGGAUCUAUUUAAUAGUCAGCUUCAAAUAUAAAAUAAAAGUACAUUAUUAUGUUGGAUGCUAUGAUUGAUAUUGGUCAAAUGCUUGAAUAAAAUAUUAAUUGUUCUAAAAAAAAUAUUGAAAAUAUGAAUAAAAAUGAUACUGAAAAUAGAAUUUUGUAAUAUUUUUAAAAAUUUGAUAAAGAUAUAUGCUUAUAGGAUAAAUCAGAGGCUAAAAGAAAAGUUUUACUAAUAUAAAAUUCCUCUAUUUACAAUAUAUGCUAGUAAUAAAAAAAGGAAAGUCUAUAUGAAAACUGUAUAAACAAUUUAGAGUUUUCAGAUCUUUUCAAGUUAGUAGACCAGGAUGAGAAAAGCUAAGAAAAAUAUAUUAUUAAAGAAAUUGUUCCAAAUAUAAUUAAGCAACCUAAAUAAUAAAUUUCAAAUUAACUUUAAAUUUAAAAAUAUAAUACCAAAAUUAAUGAAAUUAAAAUGAAAAUCGAAGAAUAAACAGAUAAUAAUAAAAUUCAACUUUUAACAUAAACCUUAGAAUAAUAUGAGGAAUAAUUAGAUUUGUUAAAAGAUAAAGAACAAGAUUUGAUAGCAGAUUACUAAGACAGAAACUACGAUGAUAUUAAAAUUGUUAAGUAGAUCACAUACUCUUUUAUCGAAGCAAUCAAAUGUGCCUCAAUAGAAUUAAAGUAUCAGUUUGCUGUUUUACCUUAUAGGCAUUACAUGAAUAAUAUUUAUAACUGCUAUUAUACUCUUAAAAUUUAUGAAAACCCAAAAUUAUUAGAUAAUUAUGUUCAAUCAGAAACAUUUGAAACCAAGUAAAGAUAACUCGAAAACAAUCCGAAAUGA